UUUCACGUUGACGCUCACCUAGCGCUACACUUAUUGUGUUGGUUUUUUAUUUUGAAAAAUGAGUGCUAGUGCGGCUUGUAUAUCGUGUCCUCUUUGCUUAUACUCAGGGGUAUUUCAAACGGCGCAAUCACUUCGAGAUAGAUUAAUAUACGUUUCAACAAAUAAUAUCGAGUGUCCUAUUUGUCGGGAAGAAGUUGUUGGCUUAGAUAAAUUAACUAUUCAUUUAUUUACACACGUCACGAUAAUUCCUUCGUAUGAUAUUCCGACCAAUAAACCAGUUGCAAUACAAAUGCAAAAAUCUGAAAUUAAACAAGAGAAGCGAGAUACCCCAUUGGUUCAGACUAAGAAAAGUAAAACGUCUGCUCCUAAAAAUAGCACACCAUCGUCACUGGCUUCACCACAACUUAAAUUUGUAAAGAUAUAUCCAAAAUUACCCGCUGUUGCACUUAGUACGAUGCCUGUUAUAAACUCAAAUACGAAUUGCGGGAACAGUCCUCUUGUAAUAGCAACAAAAAAGGAUCUAAUAGAAGAUAAUCUUAAAAACAAAUGCAGUGUUUGCGGGGUUCUCUUUAUAAACGAAGAAAUAUUGAAAAUGCAUAACAGCCUUAUACACAACAUUGAGGAAAAGGUUGAAUGUAAUGCAGCAAGGUAUAACUGUCAUUUAUGCACAAAAAGUUUCAAAAUGAGAGGGUCGCUUAUGGUACAUUUACGAGUCGCGCAUUAUGGCUUUACAGCAAAAAACAAAAACGAAACAAAGUUCCAAAAUGAUCAGAGUAAUGACUGCGAAAUUACUAAUUCGAAUGAGAAUGACAAGGCACCGGAAUUUAUUUUGAGAAAUGAUGUCAAGCAAUGGCAAUGUGAUAUAUGCAAUAAGUUUUUUACAACUAAGUACUUUUUAAAGAAACACAAGAGAUUACAUACAGGUGAAACACCGUAUGCGUGUACGCAGUGCAAUAAGACAUUCACGUUCCAACAGUCAUACCACAAGCAUCUUCUUUAUCACAAUGACGAUAAGCCACACGCCUGUAAUAUUUGUGGCCGUGCAUUCAAAGAGCUAUCAACUUUGCAUAACCAUCAACGUAUACAUACAGGGGAAAAACCAUUUGCUUGCGAAACUUGUGGUAAAUGCUUUCGUCAGCGAGUAUCAUAUUUAGUUCAUAGGAGAAUUCAUACGGGAGCUAUGCCGUAUAAAUGUACAGCAUGUGAAAAGAGUUUCAGAUAUAAAGUUUCCCAAAAGACACACAAAUGUCACGUGCAGCCACCUGGCACGGUGCGGAAAACGUGUGAUCUUCUUGAAAAACUUAAAAACAAAGAAAAUGAAAGUUCUGCUAAUGAUAACAAAUCUGUUACGAGUACGGAUUUUCUGGAAAUUGAAAUAUCAGACUCAAAUGCCGAGUUAGCAAGAAAGGGAGCGAAAUUGUCUUUAGAAGAUAUGGUACUCGAGAAUUUUUGCCUCAUUUCUGAUUCUACCGAGGAUUCAAGCGUUCAUGAAAUAUCUAUAAGUAAUAGUAAUAACAGUCUUAAUGUACAGUCCAAUUUAUUUGAAUCUAAUAUUGAAGAGCUUAUAAACACCAUUCCAAUUGUCAGUGAAAAAGAUAUGCCCUCGCCUUCCGACAUUUUUAAAAAUCUAUGUUUAUCUAACGAGAGUAGCCUUGAUGGCAAAUGUGAUACAAAUAAUUUAGGUGAUCUCGUUUAAGUUGAAAUAAAUAAACUAAAAACAUAAAAUAA